CAGCAGGUGGCGGUAAUGCACCUUAGGUAGGUUUGAAACCCGCCAGUAAACACCAUAGAAGAAGAAUAAGAAGCAUCAGGAGGUGUCAUUGUACAUUGAACGAUACAACUUAUACCGUAGUUAGUAAGAGACAACAUCUUUAAGGAUUGCCAGAUGGAUUCUCCUCGGCAGUCUAAGAAGGCUAACCUGAAUCGAGAGCCGAAGCGCAGCCAGAAUCGGUCCAGCGUUCCUCCUCAGAAAGAUGCCUACGCCAGGCUUCUCAGCCAGCAUCGCAGCAGCAAGUUCAAUUUGUAUCUAGAACAAUAUGCAAAGGAGUUCAGAGCCCAGGGUGACUGGCUGGACAUGCCACAGCGAAAGAGGGAUCAAACAGCUAAUGAUUUCUCUGAUUCAAGUGAUUUCACUCCCUCUUCCAUGACAAGUAGAGGAGAUAACAGUUCACUGUCUUUAUACAUGGAGAAACUAAGCAUUCGCAACCCUCAGCAGGACUGUGAAAGGAAAGAAGGUGUGUCUGAGAGGCAGCGAUGGGGGCAGAGAAGGGACACUACCACCAGCCAUGAUGGAGACAUAGAGUCUGGCGAGGAGGUCAGCUCUUCCAAACCCGAGACAAAGAAACACCAGAAGCAGCAGAAGAAAAACAAGGAUUCUAACAGAGAUGUUACCUCAAAAGAGACCAGCUCAUUCACUGGACUUCCCCAGUCCCCAAAGAAGGCCAGUACAGGUGGACAGGAACAAGAGAAGGUGAAGAAGUCAAAGAAAAAGAACCUGCCAAAGCACCCAGAAGAGGAGGAAAGCAAAAAGGGGCCAUUAAGAUCUUGGGUUGACAUGUCAAGGCCCAAGUCCCCUGAUGCUUCCAGUGCCACUUCUUCUGCUGUCAAAAGUAAGAACAAAGGAGGCGGAUCAAAGAAACAAGUGUUUGAAUCCUACAUGACACGUGAGGAGGUUUCCCAUGGCCUUAAAAGAGGAGAACUCAUUCAGGGACAAAUAAGAAUCAACCCAAAGAAGUACCAUGAAGCUUUUAUCCCAUCUCCUGAUGACACGUGGGAUAUAUUUUUGGAUGGGACUGUAGCGCGCAACAGAGCACUGAAUGGAGAUAUUGUGGUAGUGCAAGUCUUACCUCGGGAGCAAUGGAAGGUUGUGAGGUCAGAUACUGACACGAGUGAGGGUGCGAGUGAGGGCACGAGUGAGUCGGAGACCCGGCGAGAACACUUGGUACAAAAAGCACAGAAGAAGGCAGAGCGCACUUCUAGACCUGAACAUCUGAAUACCACUCUCACUGACACAGGAGAUCUUCUGGAAGACCCCUCAACCCCACGGUCCACUGAGGAAAUACUUCAAAAGACUGCUAAAGUGGUGUACAUAGUUGAGAAGAAACACUCAAGAGCUGCAACAGGCUUCCUGAAAUUCCUACCAGACAGGCCCUUUGCCAUGUUCUCUCCCAUGGACCACCGGGUGCCACGAAUUAACGUUCCCUUGGCUGACUGUCCCGAAGACUUCAGCUCUGUCCCGGGAAACUACACCAACACCUUGUUCAUCUGUCGUAUCACCGACUGGGCAGCCAACAGCAACUUUGCAGAAGGCCGACUUGCUAAGACACUGGGUCAAGCUGGAGAAAUCGAACCAGAGACAGAGGGCAUCCUGACAGAGUACGAUGUCGAUUUUUCUGAGUUCUCGGAUGAGGUUUUAGACUGCUUACCCAAGAACCUGCCCUGGACCAUCCCCCCUGAGGAGAUUAGGAAGAGGAGAGACCUGAGGUGGGACUAUCUGGACGAUGCUCUGUCCUGUAAACAACUCCCAGAUGGAAACUUUGAGGUGGGAGUUCACAUUGCUGAUGUUAGUUACUUCGUGGAUCAGGGCAACGCCCUGGAUGCCAUUGCCAGCCAAAGAGCCACUAGUGUGUACCUGGUUCAAAAGGUGAUCCCCAUGUUACCUAGGCUGCUGUGCGAAGAGCUGUGCAGUCUGAACCCUCUUGCCGACAGACUCACUUUCUCUGUCAUUUGGAAAAUCACCCCCGAGGGGAAGAUCCUGAGUGAAUGGUUUGGCCGCUCCGUGAUCCGCUCCUGUGUGAAGCUGAGCUACGACUAUGCUCAGAGCAUGAUCGAGGCUCCCGACAAGAUGUUCUCUGCAGCGGAACUGCCACCCGUGGAUCCUGUGCAUCCCAUUGAUGAGAUCCACCAGGCUGUGCUCAACCUGCACUCUAUUGCCAGGAACCUCCGAGCUCAACGUUUCACAGGCGGAGCCCUCAGACUGGACCAGAUGAAACUCUCUUUCACCCUGGACAAAGAGACCAUGAUGCCUCAAGGCUGCUAUAUUUACCAGUACAGAGACAGUAACAAGUUGGUGGAGGAGUUCAUGUUACUAGCUAACAUUGCCACAGCUCACCACAUCUGCCGCAAGUUCCCUGAGCUGGCCCUGCUCAGGCGGCACCCUCCGCCAAAAGCCAAGAUGAUGGAUGAGCUACAGGAGCUGUGUGACCAGUUGGGCAUCAAUAUCGACCUGUCCUCUGCAGGAGCAUUGCAUAAGAGUCUCACUGCUACUCUUGGUGAUGAUGAGUACACCAGUGCCAGACAACAAGUCCUCACCCACAUGUGCUCCAGACCCAUGCAGAUGGCGUUGUACUUCUGUUCAGGUGUCUGGAAGGAUGAGCAGUUGUUCAAGCACUAUGCCCUCAAUGUUCCUCUCUACACACACUUCACCUCUCCCAUCAGACGCUAUGCUGACAUCAUUGUGCACCGGCUACUGGCUUCAUCUCUGAGGUGUGGGCCUCAUUUAGAACUGUCAACAGAAGAAGUGGAAAAACAGGCAUCCCACUGUAAUGACAAAAAGACGCUGUCCAAGAGAGUCCAUGAGCUCAGCUCGGAGCUCUUUUUUGGAGUGUUUGUAAAGGAGUGUGGCCCCCUGGACUCUGAGGCCAUGGUGAUGGGGGUGCUGGAUCAGUCCUUCGAUGUGCUGGUCAUCCGCUACGGAGUGCAAAAACGCAUCUACUGCAAGUCUGUCACAGGCCUGGAAUCAUUCCACCAUCGCAAGGUAGGGAAAAUAUCAGAGCUGACUUUGGUUUGGACACAGGAGGAGCCAGAGAAACCCCCACUAGAACAGGUGAUUUCAGUGUUCAGCUUAGUGGAAGUGCAGCUCAAAGCCGACAGUGCACCCAUGAAAUACAGUGCAGUGCUCAAGAGGCCCGACGACAGCCGUUCAUAAAGUCAGUGUGUAAACUGAUUUGCACAUUUUCUUUUAUUAAUUGUCAAUUUCAACAUGUAGAUUAGAAGCAGUGUUACUAUGGUAAGCAUGAGUCAGAUCAGAGUCAAAUUUCAAUUGAAAAUCCCACUGAGUUUCAGUCUCAGCUUAGAGUACCACUAGUGAUUUUUCAAGUUUUAACCUACUUCAAAUAAUCCAUACAGAUGACAGCUGCUCAUUUUCCAGGGUAUAUUAUUGUGUUUAAUUUGGGUUUUAGAUUUGGUUAGCAAUGGAAAGCAAAAGUGAACAUUUGUGGGCAUGUGGGUAUGUGCAAGUUGACUUUAAUGCUUUAGAAAAGAGCCUAAAUAUUGGCCAGCUUGAAAAUAGAAAAAGUUUAUAAUCUCCUGUGGUAUGUUUGGAAAAUGGUUGGGUGUCAUCUAAAUCACAUGGAUUUAUAGAAGCAGUCUUCUGCAUGUUGUGAUGAAAACUAAUAUGUUAAGUCUAAACAAUGUCAUUAAUUGACUACAUGUUUUUGUAGUGAAGUAUGGAUCUCAAAUUGAAUGUGGGCUCAGGUCUGACUAUGAGAAGAACCAAGGCAGCAGUGGCUUUUAUUUUGCUCUUAAUUACUUCACCUAUUCAGUUGGGUUUGGGUGUGAUAUAAUUGCUGUGCACAGUUUAAUGUGUGAUUUUUUAACUAUUUUCAGUUUAAUAGGAACAACUGGUUUCCUGAUUCUAGAUCGAUGAAAGAUGCAUAUUUAUAUUUGCAAAACAACAGAGAAUAGCGCACCACAGAAUUAAACUGUACUUGGUGAAACUACCUGAGUAAAACUGUUUACCAGUAGCUGUAAUAGUAAAAUGAAAAGUCAUCAGAUUCACAGAGCAGGUAUAGUACAGUAAAGUGGGGAUAUUGUGUAAAACGUAAAUAUGGCUAUUGUCUCUGAGAUUUUAAUGAGUUUUAUUUUGACUUGUGUGCUUUUCAGUGCUUCCAACUGCUGUGUGUUUUUUAUUUUGUUUUAAUGCUCAGACUUGAUUUAUGCAGCAGAAAAGCUGUUGGUCAAUGUUCAAGGUGUGUUUUCCGCUAAAUCAUGGUACAGAUCAGUCAUUAUUAUCAACUGUGGAGCUACACAUUUUAAAAUGGAUGCAGGUCCCACAUUUGCUUUAACUGAGUUUCUCAUACCGAGUAGCUGCUAUGUCUGCACAGUAGUUUUGUAAUUUUGGGAUCUCAGAUCUCUUGUGUUUAGUGGAUUAUUUUUAGGAUUGUUAGAGUUUUGAAACAUCGCCAGCUAAUGUAUUUAAGUUAUUUUGUUAUGUGUGGACUGAAAGUAUGUGACACUACCUUGUAAAUGUAUUUUAAACCAGAAAGUGGUUUGUUGUCUAAAACAACUGUGCUUUUGUAAUUUGGUUUGGAAAAAAAGAUAAUCUCUCACAUGUGAAAAUCAUUGAAUAUACAGAUUGGUGACAGAUGGAAGGAAAACUCAACACAAAUCGUCUCAGUAAGGUGUUAGACCACCGUGUGCCACCAGAGCAGCUUCAGUGCUCCUUGGCUUUUACUCUCCAAAUCUCUGAACUCUACUGGAGGGAUGGACACCAUCCUUUAAAAGAUAUUCCCUCAGGUGGUGUUUUGAUUGUGGUGGUAGAGACACUGUCUAACACUUCAAUCCAAAACCCUCCAUAAGUGUUGAACUGGGUUGGAAUCUGGUGACUGUGAAGGUCACAGCAAAUGUCCACAUCAUUUUCAGACUCACCAAACCAUUCAGUGACCCCUUGUGUCCUAUGGCUGGGGGUUUUGUUGCCCUAGAAGAGGCAACUCAUUGAGGUUUUUCAUUUAUUUGUCACUCGUCUGUAUAUAAGUCAAAAGCAACUUCAUCUCUGUUCAAUGUCUGUGUACCUUUUCCAUAAUUACACUGGCACAUGUAACUUUCAUUCUGGUCAAUGUUCAAAGUGCAUUUCUCUGCUACACCACUCUGCAGAGCAAUAGACGGGCGUUUUCAUCUCUAUUGGAGGUAAAUAAAUACAUGAAAUCCACUGGGGAAACAACUCAGAUUGUUUGCGUGUA